AUGCACAUCAAAUGUGAUCGUGGUGGCUCGCCGUUAUGUCUCGAUUGGCGCGAGGUGUGUAAUGGUCGAAUUGAUUGUCUAGAUGGAGGUGCCGAUGAGGCGGAAUGUUUUGAAUUGGAAGUAAAUGAAUGUAAUGAAGAUAAAUAUCGAUGUCACAAUGGAGAGUGCAUUCCAAAAGAAUUUUGGGAAAAUGGAGAUAUUUUUGGGGACUGUCUCGAUAAUUCAGACAUAUAUUACGAACAUAAUUGUAAUAACGUAUAUUGGAUAUCUCGACUUGAAUGUCAAGAACAUUUAUGUCGGCCAAAUGAAGGACAAUUUUCAUGUGGAGAUGGACAAUGUGUGGAAGAUUUCCAAGCAUGUCGCAAUGGACGGCAUAUUUUGUUAGCUGAAUCAAUGAGUGCUCAAGGUAAUUUAUCGCAAACUUGUUGGAUGGCCAUGGUUUGUCUUACUAAAAUUAUUGAUCAUGUCGUUGGAAUGUCUUGUAAACAAUACUUCGAAUCAUCUUACAGUAGUGCUCAUCUAUACAGUUGUGAAUCUUUUACUCAAUUUCCAAUAAUAUCUAUUCUUCAAGGUCAUGUACGAUUUCUAUACCAUCCGAAAAAUAUUCUUAAUAAAAACUUUAAAUUAGCCCUUAUACCCGAUUAUGUUUGUUAUGAUAACCAAUUGUGUAAGUUUCUCAAGCCAACAUUUCGAAAUGGAAACGACACUUGUCGACACAAUUAUGAAAUGGGUCUUGACCCGAAUAUAACAUAUCAUAAUUGGAAAUCUAUGGUUGAUUCGAUCAAACCAUAUUUUCGGGGUUGUUUGACUAGAAACAAUGCCGAAAACGAUUCUCAACAUUUAUCGCUCUACCAUUGCAAGAACUCAUCGAAAUCUAUUUCGAAACAUCGAAUUAUUGACGGUAUUUCAGAUUGUCAUUUGAAUGAUGACGAACAAGAAUUCGAACUCAGCUGUUUGAUUAAUAAUGCAUCUCGUUUCAAAUGUUCCAAUGAAAUAAUGUGUCGUUCACCAUUGAUCUCGAGGGAUAUAUGUCCUUUCGAAAACAAACAUAAUCUAGAUGAUCUCGCUUUCCAAGAAAUAUGUGACCGAAAUGAACAACUGUUACCCAUAAUAAUUGAUGGACGAAAUCAUACGGACGAGACUGAUUGCGAACAUUGGCAAUGCAACAAUAUCUAUACGCGAUGUGACAAAUUUUGGAAUUGUCCUGAUGGAACCGAUGAAGAGAAUUGUACUCGAUCAAUUUGCCCUUCACAUAGUCUUUCGUGUGUGUCUCCGUUCAAUUAUACAUUAACAUGCUUAUCGGCAGAUCAAGUUAGUGAUGGAAUUAUCGAUUGUCUUGGAGCAGCAGAUGAACUUCAAUAUUGUCGAACACAGAGCCAUGCUUUCGGCAUCUAUCACGGAUUCCGUUGUUUUAAUGAUACUACAUGUGUGGGAUCUUCUUAUUUAUGUGACUCUCGUAGGCAUUGCCGACAUAAUGAUGACGAAGCAUUUUGUGGAGAUCGUCGUCACAUAUGUCACCCAAGUAUAGUUCAUAAUCGUACCAAUCUCGAGAACGCUCUUUGUGAUAUUGGUGAUCUAAAAGAACAAGUUAUAUUUUCGUUCGAAACUUUACCUCUGUAUCCUUCAACUGAAAACAGAAUGAUCAAUAAUAUUACAGAAUGGCCAAUAGAGCAACGUCAUAUUAUACAGGACAUUAAAACUAAGUUCGAUGACCCGUCAUGGGCAUGGUAUUGCAAUCAUGGCCUCUACGCUCGUUUUCGGGUCAAUGAACAUAAUGAUACUUAUAGAUGCUUUUGUCCACCAUAUUAUUACGGCGAUAGAUGUCAAUAUCAAAAUCAACGAGUUAGUCUCACCUUGAGGCUAACAUCAUUCGACCAACAUAGCAUUUAUACAAUUGUUAUCUUCUUAAUCAGUGAUGAUGGUGAUCAACAAGAACUCAAUUCAUAUGAUCAAGUAACUUACAUUCCCGGUCGCAGUUGUCAAGCAUUUUUUUACUUCUAUUUGUUGUAUUCAAUGAGACCGAAGAAUAAUUCAAAGAACUAUAGUAUUCAUGUGGAUGCAUUUUCCAAAACUUCUUUAACUUAUUUGGCGAGUUGGCAUUUGAAAAUUCCUUUUCUUUUUCUACCCGUCAAUCGAUUAGUCGCUAAAUUUGCGAUACCGAUUCAUCAAACUUAUAGUCAUCACCAUUGUCCUUUCUCAUGUCACAAUGGCGAGUGCAUGAAAUAUAUCAAUAAUGACAAGUACUUUUGUCGAUGCCACAUAGGAUGGUCUGGUGCUCGAUGUAACAUUCCUAUUGAUUGUAGUGACUGUUCAUCUGAUUCUGUAUGCAUCGGUUCAUUUCGUAAUCGAUCAAUAUGUGUUUGUCCUCUCAAUAAGUUUGGUUUACGUUGUCUGCUUACAUAUUCAUGUCCAGCAAACUUUUGCAAAAAUGGUGGCCAAUGUAUAGUAGUUGAUACGAGGAUGGCUGACGACAGUUAUACAUGCAUUUGUUCUGAACAAUUUACUGGAGAGACAUGUAAUGAUUCAAAGAGUAUAAUAUUGAUUUCCUUUCACAACCCAUGUAACCAUUUUUAG